ACCGCUCCCGCACUUUCGCUUCCGCGGAAGUCGGCCCUGUUGGUCGGUCGGCCCCUCCCUGAGUUCGCGCAGAGGACUCUUCUCCGUCUGCCGGAGGCCAGGCUCAGAGACCCUUGGAGCCUCCAGGCGCGGGCGUGCUGGACUGCGGCCUGGGGUAAUCCCACCUUCCACCGCCCCGCCCGUUCGCCCCAGGCUCAGCGGUCGCUGCGCCUGACCAGGCCCUCCGGCUGUGGCAGCGGAGAGGAGCCGGAUCCCCGCCCUGACCAGUUCUGUAGGUGCAUUGGCCUCGUACAGUACUGCGAGCCGCAUGUCUGCAAGUCCCGUGCGCGCUCUCAAUCCCGCCUCCGCGGCCGGCUUGGCCCCUAGCUUGUGAAAAGUCCCGCUGAGCCAUGGGCUCCCCGGGCGAGGACGAGCGCAGGUGGCUGCUCUUCCCCCGCCUGGCCGCGGCGGGCCGCUAUGCCAGCAGCACCCCAUCUCCCUGCACCUGUGUGCCCGGCUGCGGGGCCCCUGGUGGCAGCUGUGUGACUUGUCCUACCUGCCAGGGCAGCGGGAGGAUCCCCCGAGAGCUGGAGAAGCAGCUGGUGGCCCUCAUCCCCUACGGGGACCAGAGGCUGAAGCCCAGGCACACGAAGCUCUUCGUGUCCCUGGCGGUACUCGUGUGCCUGGUCACCACCUCCUUGAUCAUCUUCUUCCUGUUCCCCCGGGGCGUUGCCGUGCACCCUGCAGGCCUCAACUCCUCCACAGUGGCCUUCGACAAGGCUGACAUCCUGCUGAAUGCCACGAGCACCUUGAACAUCUCCAACCCCAACUACUGGCCCAUUGCCGUGACCCGGCUGACCAUCCAGGUCCUGCACCUGUCCCUCGUGGUGGGCCAGUUGUCCAGAAGUCUCCUGCUGCACAUCGACCCCUUGGCCAGGGAACAGAUGCUCUACACCGUGGCCAGCAGGAUCUCCGAAGAGAGCACGUACAAAAUCUGUACCUGGCUGGAAAUCAAGGUCCACCACGUGCUGCUGCACAUCCAGGGCACGCUGACCUACUCCUACCUGGGCCACGAGGAGGAGCGAGUCUUCGAGAGCUUUGAGUACGCAGACUGCCGGGGAAAGACUAUGCCCCGCCGCCCCGCCCUGGCGAUCCGCAGCCCCAAGGCUCCCACGUGAGGACGGAGGGGACCGCGUCUUCCCUCCUGCGCCCCACUGCUUCCUGCACGCUGUCCGCCAUCCUGUCCCAUCUGAUUCUUUCCGGCAGCAGGCACCAGAUCCCAACCUCGGCCUGCCUUGCGCAGAGGCACCCGGCCCCAUGUGGGGGCUGCCUGAAGGGCCCCGCCCCCUCUGUCCCCUCUGCCCCCUCUGUCCCCUCUGUCCCCUCUGCCCCCUCUGUCCCCUCUGCCCCCUCUGCCCCCUGUGCCUCCCUGCAGUCCACCAGGGCCAGGACCCUUCCAUGGUGACCACGGUGUCCAGCCCUUUAAACCCUGGACCCUUUUCGAGGUCUCUGUUGAGUGAUAUGACCUGGGGACGUCCAGUGUGUCCCUGUGGCCGCUGCAGCUGCUCUGCUGUAGUCACACAGCAAGGCGCAGUGCGACCCGCUGGCCGGGGUUUUGCCCACCGGCCCCGUGGCCCUCUGUCUUUCUUCCCGGAUGGUGACUGUCCCUGGCCCCUCGGGACCAGUGUGUGCACCUAACCAUCCCCUCCCUAGAGAACGGUUCGCAGCCUCCACCCCGCAGGAGCCCAGCCGUGGGGAGAGGAGCUGGGUCUGCAGCACAGCAGGGCCCGAGCACAGCAGCUGGACGGGGGCAUUCGAGCGCCGGACACAGGCAGCAGCCCGGGCCAGGGCUCAGCUCCACUCCCAGAGGCCUCUGCGGUCCUUCCUUUGCCAAACCUGGCUCUUCCUGCCGCUCAGCUGGAGCUGAACCCCGAGAACCCCGCUCCCACUGGGCCUCUGUACAGCAGGGAGGAAAACUGCUCCUGAAGUCCACGUGGUCCGCGUCACUCAUGGGUGGGGACGGCUUUGCCGGCGGAUGGGGGAGGUGGCGGCCAACGUGGGUGACAGCCGGCCUACGCAGGGAGGGAGGAGUCGGAGAGGCCGGAGGGCCGUGUGGGGGUCACCGCAUGUCAAGGGUUUGUAGUCAAUAAACCACAUGAGCAGCGUCUGGAA